AUGUUGGUUCUUUUCAUACUGGGAAUGGAUAAGCUUCGGAAUCUGUAUGCCAGGUUGAACGACAAGAACUUCAGAGACCGUGGCAUUCGGGAGGACGUUCGAAUCAUACACUCUUGGGUCAUGAUAAUGAGAAUCCUGGACCUGGCUCAAAUUCCCCGGGGCUGCUUUUGGGACGUUGCGCGACAAUACAUUGGCCAAGAACAGGACACGUCAAGCUCAGAUGCCCGAGAUCAUGAACGUGUUUGGGAGGACAUGUUCACGCUACUGCCUCUUGUUGAAUUCAACAGCUCUGGUGUAAUUCAAAGCGGCAGCCGCCACGAUGCUUCCAAAGAUGGGUGGGCCAUCCCUCAGAGCCUGCUACGGCGAGUAUUUCAGCUUUAUGAAGCCAACCAUCGCCAAUCUGCUGGUUUCAACGAUUACUGCCGAGCACUAGUAGGAAGAUGUUAUUACCUUGUUCGAGAGUGGGGAUGGCACAAGUGUGUUAGCGUCGUGGGCCUGAUGUUUGAUUUUUUCGGCUCACAACAACUUGCCCAUCUGCGGAACGAGGAGGUGUACCAGUCCCCACGGUUUCUGGAGAACCUGGCCGGUGAGCCAAUCCUGGAUAUUGAAGUUGGUGACCCCUGUUUUCAUAUUUUCCUCAAACUUGUAGCAGUUGCGAUACGGAAGUUUCGAGACACCGACUCGGUGAAGGACAUUCGGAACCUCGUCGCCAGGACGAUGCCUAAUCACAAUCGGCAGCAUAACAAGGAUGAAAGUGUGCACCCGCGCGACCUGGCUGCCUUGAGAAACCAUCACGACCUGCUAUGUACGCUGUUCUGGGCAGCACCACCUGAACUACGCCCAGCCACUGCCCUGAUUCAGAACCUCGUCUUACCCGCAACAUCGCACAAAGAGGCGUGCCUAAUUAAUCUGCACGCCUGGACUCAACUUCUGACAUUGCUACGAAGGCAAGAGAGCGUCUCAAUCAGCAAGGAUGUGGUCAAUGCAACCAUUGCCCACAACAAAGCUGUUUUGAAAGACAUCAUCUACGCGAGUGCUACGGCCUCCUUGGACGCGAUAAGAUGUGCGCCGGAUUUGUUUUCUGCAACUUUUGCCAUAAAUACGGCCCAGCUACGUUUCAUCUUCAUGCAUUUCUCCGAGGCACAACCUGAGCUAGACUGGCGAAUUCUGAGAAGAUCCUUGGAGACGUUAGAAUCAAUGCUUUCAAAAAUCGACGAUUUCAAAACGAAUGAAGAGAGCCAGAGGAGUGACUUUCAAAUAUCAAAUUCAGCCCAAGCCGACGACGCUCUCUUAGUUUUGGACCGGGGAUUGUCGCAAAGCUUUUUCAGGUUAACAAGGUGUGCACUGUCUGGCGCUGACGAUGGCCUGUUACCUUCAUUUGAAACGGAGCGCCUUCAUUGCGUGGAAGAGAUCGUCACUCUCGCCGCCAGGAUUACCAUGAGGUUUGUCGAUGGAGGCCUCAUGAGACUUUCAGGUGCUUUCGAGUCAUGCAAAUACCAACUAUUCAACGGGCUACCACACCAAUUGGACCUUCAUCAGCGCAAAUAUCUGGGUUUGUUCGUCAAAACCCUGCUACAGUAUGACUUGGAAAAUCCUGAGGAUGCAGGCUUUAGCUUGUUUGAAGUUUGGCUCUUGUCACUCGCAAGCCCUUGGAUGACUCUUGAGUACGGUAUAGCACUCGGCAAACAGCUUCAUCGUCGUGGGGAGGCAUUUGUGUCUGACAUGGUCGCCGACUUGACUGGGCCGCCUGAUUACGAUAUCAGCCGUGCUUUAUUUGAACAUGGUAUCUCGUCCAUGCGCCAAAGUCUGGGUGAUGCUGGUUCCUGCCGUAAAAGAACCCUGACCAAGGAGUAUUCGUUGAUCCUGAAGAGGCUUAUGGAUCAAGUCAAAAGUGACCUGAGGACUACGGUUGCUAAGCCUGCGGAGCAUUCCAACUACGUCGUCUUCAUUCAAGGCAUAGUUUCACUGAUCAAGAUUCACGGGUCUAGCAUCUGCGUGGUUGACGAUUAUUUUUAUCAGACAAGCAAAGAGUACUCACCAUCUACGGAGGACCCGAAAUUACACAUGGCAAAUUUGAUGUCAUACGGUUUGCAGUUGCAUGACGGUGACAUGCGCAUCAGCUACCGCCUAUUCUACCUUCUUUUCAACAAUGCCAAAUCGUCCAUUGUCGAGGAAAAGAUGAGGGAUGAAAUCGAGCUGCUUCGGAAAGGAAUGACUAAUCGUGGGAUUAAAUGUUUCAUAUUGAACAGCAUGCUUCCAGCUGUGAUAAAUGCCGCGUUUCAGGAGCAUGAUGCGUACAUGUUGCUCGAUAUAUACACGGAAGUUUUCCGUCUCUACUUUGCUGGCGAGGUCGUUUCUCGGGAGCUUCUGGCGGAAGACCUGACUUCAACGUGCACAGUAUUGCAGGCAAUAUUCUCCAUUUGA